GGCGAGACCCCGCCCCGGAAAUGCGUGUUCUAGCUUUCUGUGUGCUUAGGUGCCCGAGCUACUGAGGGUCUAAGUCUGGGCAGCCGAAGAGUGUGGUAGGUAACGGUCGUCAGCGCAAGGGUCAUUUCGUCGCUGGGAAGGGACGGCCCUCGCCCGCGGUGAUGGUGGUUAGCAAGAUGAACAAAGAUGCGCAGAUGAGAGCAGCGAUUAACCAAAAGUUGAUAGAAACUGGAGAAAGAGAACGCCUCAAAGAGUUGCUGAGAGCUAAAUUAAUUGAGUGUGGCUGGAAGGAUCAAUUGAAGGCACACUGUAAAGAGGUAAUUAAAGAAAAAGGACUAGAACACGUUACUGUUGAUGACUUGGUGGCUGAAAUCACACCAAAAGGCAGAGCCCUGGUACCUGACAGUGUAAAGAAGGAGCUUCUACAAAGAAUAAGAACAUUCCUUGCUCAGCAUGCCAGUCUUUAAGAUUGAAUUAGAUUGUGUUGUUUUGUGGUUUUAUUUCUGAAAGUAAAACUUGCCAUAAAUUAGGAACUGCUUUCCCAAAAUAAAAUCCUUUUUUGUAUGAUGGUAUACAGUUUUCGGUAAUGAUGUAUACAUUGUAUUGAUUUUUUUUCCUAAAUGUGUUAUUUUAAUAAAUAUCUCAUGAAUGAGUUCGAAGUUUCCUUGGAUUUUGGAAUAAAUGGGACUUUAUUAACAAUCUCCCAGAUUGGUUGAGAGAAAAAGUCAGCAAGUAAUACAGUUUAAGUAUUAUGUGCAUAUAUGUCUGCUAACAACUGAGGAAAAGUAAGCAACCUCUUCUGAUUGUCUAGCUAUGGUGUAUUUCUCUUUUGAAUCCCUAUAAUAUUUUAUAUAAUACAUGCCCCGUCUUGUA